CUCCUCAUCUGUCAUCUGCGAUAUCAGAUUGCCAUUACUCGUGGCCGAUCGCUAUUGAGUGCAUUGUGCAUAGCGUGCUCCCUUUGGUUCUUAUUAUCACUCUAUUUCUCCACAGUCAUCUGUCCUGGCGUCAUUCCUCUGCAACCUACCCCUCAAUAUACCCAGCUCUACCAAUUCCCCCCAAAGCCUCUAUCUUCCACAAUGUCCGACUACGACUACUACUCCCCGCGUCCCCGUCGCCCAAGAACACCAGACGGCUUCAUAGCCAAGCGCCGCUCCGAAGUGCGCCCCGGCGAAGUCAUCGUCCGCCGAGCCCCCCAAGAGUUCCAAGACCAAUACUCCACCCCGCCCCAAUACUCCGACCGCCAACUAGCUCCAUACAACGAUCCCUACAACGACCGCCAAAGCCGCAGCCUCGCCCGCCGCCGCCGCCGCCGCCCCCAAAGUGAGGAUCUCGACCGCUACUACGACAGCGAAGGCUCCAUCCCGCCUCGCGCGCGGCUGCCCCAGCGCGCCCGCUCCCACGACGACGACCAGAAUAGUGAUCAGGACCAAAGAGGCGGCCAGAAAGGCGGCUCCCAGAGAGGCGGCUCCCAGCGAGGCGGCAAAAAUGGAAAAGGCGAUAAGAAAGACAACGACCAAUCCUCGUCCGACCUCGGCUCGACCUCCUCAGACGAGAAACACAUCAAGGCCGCGCGGCGGAAGAAGUACCUCACCUUCGGCCUCACCGGAAUCGCGACUAUCCACGCCGCCGGUUCGAUCCACAAAGCGAUGGAGCUGGCGAAAGAGCGCAAGGCGGCGGUCGCGGAGGGGGAAAUGUCCUCGGACGAGGCGAAGAAGAAGAAGAAACAGCAGCGGUGGCAGGAAUUGGGCGCUGUGGGGAUUAGCGCGCUGGGGAUUUAUCAGAGCGUGAAAGAGGUGAAGGAGGCGAGGGAGUUGCAUGGCGAGCAUAGGGAGUUGAUGGAGAAGAGGGAGGAGAGGCAUAGGAAGCGGGAGGAGAGGCGGAAGAAGGGGUGGGAGUGCAGGCCGGGGAUUGGGUAUUAAGGGGCGGAAUGAUAGACUUAUGAAUUAUGAGACGGGUAUUCCGUGGGAAUGAAAUGUAAGAUGGUUUAGCGGUAUUUCGGGCCGGGUUUCUUUGCUUUGGGACUAUUCUCUGGGUUUCAUUUCUUCUUGUUGGAAUAAUCAAGCGAUUUCUUAUUGUCUCAUACACACUUUGCAGUUCGGAGGGUUCCCAUCCCUUUUCUCUCGGGUUGUUGAAGCGCUCCUAGAAGCGUUGCGGGACUAGACAACAUCAUUGUAUUUCCCAUCACCUACUUUACACGUCCUAAUCCAGUCCACAUU